AGAAGUAGGAACUCUGUCUGAGCAUGGUGUGUGCUGAGCAAAACCCCUGAGGCUGGCAGAGGGAGAGACAAGUAGAGAGAGAGAGAGACAGAGAAGUGGAUUCUGAGUGACUCAGCCAGUUAGUAGGACAGAGGAAGAGGGGAGGGGGGGCAGGAAAUAGACCCUGAAGACAAACAGUCAAACACACUCACGUUGUGACACACAGAGACUAGGAGCUCAAUUCCAGCUCCAGCUCUGCUCCUGGGAAGAAUCCUUGUGGUUUGUGGUCAAGACUUUGUGAGAAGUGGAAAGCUGAAGACAACUUUUCUGCUGUGGACCUGAAAAGGACAAGACUUAGUUUUGACAAAGAGAAGGGAUUAUGCAAUGAGGACAUUCUCUAACAGACCUGAAUGUGGAUAUGCCAUCGUUCCUUUUGUGGACGCAGCAGCUUGUGGUGGUUGUGGACUUCCUGAGUUAAAAGGGGACACAUUUGUAUGGCUGAUUUAUCUGAGUAAGUAAAGCUCUGUCUGCAACUUGUGGGGUGCAGCUUGGUUGAGAGAUAAGGCAGGGGGAGGGGAGGACACACCAGCCCAAAUCGCUGUCCUCUGGGAGGGGUCUUUUCAACAUGAAAUAACCCCCAAAAUUACUACAUCAAGACGUGGGAGGGAAUCAUGUCACCCAUGUGCAGCAGUCCUCUCUAACAUGGACAAUUGUGUUGGAAAGAAAUAUCUGUGCUCGUGCCCUGAAUGACUUUCAACGCAUCCUUUUUUUGCUUUUCUCUCCGUUCAUGGUGGAUUUGUUGUGCAGGGCAGCCCUUUCAUUAUACAGCUAAUAGCACCCCGAUCCCUCCACUCUUUGUCCUUCAGGAUGUACAACACUACCCUCUCAACAAACAGUUUCACCUUAGCACUGGUUGGAAAUAUCUCAGCAAACAGCUCCACCUGUGAUAAGAACGAUGGGUUCAAAUACCCAUUGUACAGCACUGUCUUCAGCAUUGUGUUUGUGGUGGGACUGAUCACCAACGUUGUGGCCAUUUACAUAUUCACCUGCUCUCUGAAGCUGAGGAACGAGACCACGACUUACAUGAUGAACUUGGUCGUGUCUGACCUGCUGUUUGUCUUCACACUGCCUCUGAGGGUCUUCUACUUCAUCAACCAGAACUGGCCUUUUGGGAGCAUGCUGUGCAAGGUCUCCGUCUCAUUGUUCUACACCAACAUGUACGGCAGCAUGCUCUUUCUCACCUGCAUUAGCGUGGACCGCUUUUUAGCCAUUGUGCAUCCUUUUCGUUCAAGGACGCUGAGGACUAAACGCAAUGCCAGGAUAGUCUGUACUGCUGUAUGGGUGCUGGUGCUGUCAGGGAGUCUCCCCACAGGGUUCAUGUUGGAUACCACGUCACAAGAGAACAACAAGACAAAUGCUACUUUCUGUUUCGAGAACUUCUCCUCCAAGCAGUGGAAAUCUCACCUGUCCAAGGUGGUAAUAUUCAUAGAAACUGUGGGCUUCAUUAUCCCCCUGCUACUCAAUGUUUGUUGUUCCAUAAUGGUGUUGCAAACCCUGCGUCGGCCCCAAACCAUCAGUCGUGGGGGGAAGCUGAACAAAACAAAGAUCCUGCGCAUGAUAAUUGUUCACCUCAUUAUAUUUUGUUUUUGCUUUAUUCCUUACAAUGUAAACUUGGUUUUCUAUGCUCUGGUCCGCACCGGAACUUUAACAGGCUGCUCUGUCGAGUCUGUGGUCCGAACCAUCUACCCGAUAGCCCUCUGCAUUGCUGUAUCCAACUGUUGUUUCGAUCCCAUUGUUUACUACUUCACCUCAGAGACCAUCCAGAACUCCAUCAAGAGGAAGUCCCAGGUCAGCCAUACGUAUGAUGUCAAGUUCUCCGAGGCCCUGCAGUCAGAAACCAGCUCCAACCUGCAGUGCAGCCUGAGGAAUCUGAAAGCAAAAGUCUUCCAUAAUGAGUCUUCAGUAUGAUGGUGGGGUUGUUUUACUUACGUAUUAAAUCAACAUUUCCAUAGAAAAACAAACCUCCAUGAGAUUAUGGGAAUGGACUUUUUUUGGAGUGCAUAAAUGAAGCACGUGCCAAAGAAGUAUUAACUGAUCUUAGUCUGCAUCUCAGGGCGAAUGUUUGGACCUGUCAUUGACAGGCUCCACUCUGCAGUAUUAGUGCUACAUGACCCUUUGUUCACAUCUGUGGAUUUAUUGCUUUAUUUAUUACUGCUUAUUAAUUUCCCUUUCCUGUGGAAAUUAUGUUAAGCGCAAUUACUCUACCAGUGACCUGGAAGGGAAUGUGAUCACUGAACAACAGGACAAUUAUGAUAUUGAAUGCUACAUGUGUCUGUAUAUAUGUGCAUUGGUAAGCUGUGGUGCUAACUUUAGAAUAGUAUCUAUUAAAUUAACAAAGUUAUAUCGAGUUAUAAAUUGUACAGGGCUUUGUUUUUUUCAUAAAUUCUGUGUUACAAAUAGGUCACAGAAGUGCCUUUUUUGUUCUGGCGUCACUUCAUUGUAGCCUGUAUGACUUAAUUGCCAUUAAAUGCACUGAUACGGAAUUCCAGAUACUGCACUCAUGCCACAGUAAUGAAUAAAAGUCAUAUACUGUCUAAAACUAAA